UGCCUUCGUUAUAACUUGACACACUUACCACUAAGGUAUCCCACGCUACUCGUCAAAAUAUUACCAGGCCUGCAUCCUUGGCUAAAUUCGUUGUCCAGAAUCGCCUGCAAAGUGAUAUUCUUAAGUGUUACUCGUUAAGCUUCAUUGUCUGCCAUGGGGCGAAGGAGGAAGAAGGGACCCACCUUCGUAGCGAGCGAGGCAAUUGAGUUUCCAGCCCUGCCGCCUGAGCCGGGUUUCGAAGCUGCCUACGUGCAGAUCGGCGGCGUGCGGAUUACCAACCAGGGCUUGGGGCGCCCCAGACAGCCUUCCCGACCACCACAGCAACAACAACAGCAGCAACAGCAGCGACGCCGGCAAGCUUGGCAGCAACAGCAACCGUCUCAUCAGCGCUUCAGGUCCGCAUCAGCUGCUGCUGCUGCUGCCCGGAAUGACGGCGGCAGUAGCAGCAGUGAGUACGAUGACGAUGAGGGCUGUAGCAGCGGCGGCGCCUCUUCCCUGGACUCCGACCUCGCCGACUACUUGGGCAACAUCCUGAGGGCAGCGGGCGGCGGCGGCGGUGGCGGCGGAGAGGGUGAUGAAGAGGAGGAGGUGGAAGGGGAUGAUGAUGAUGAUGAGGAGGAGGACGAGGAAGAGGACGACGAGGAGGAAGGGACGGAGGGAGAAGAGGGGGAUUUCGAAGAUGAAGAGGAGGAAGAGGAUGAAGAGGAGGGGGUGCGGAGCGACGAUGCGAUGCUAGGUCGGCUGCUGCGGGGCUUUGCGGGUCGGGAGCUGGGGGGGCUGGAUCCGCAGGGAGGAGAGGACGAUGAUGAUGAGGAGUACGGCGGACAGGGCGGCAACCUGUACGAAGUUCUGCUGGCGUCAGGAAGCUCCGGCGGCAGCGACAGCGAGGAGGAUGCAGCUGCUGGUCCGCGCUUCCGCCGCCGCCACCGCCGUAGCACCCCCGGCGCCCCCUCCUCCCCCUCCCUGGGCUACUUCUACGAGAUCCGGCUGCGGGAUGACGGCAGCGAGCAGAUGGUGGUGGUGGCGGCGGAGGGGCAGCAGCAGCUGGAGCCGACGGGGCCCGCGGGGGCUGUCGUACAAGGCGGCGGCGGCGGUGGUGCCAUGGAUGCCGUACGAGACGGCGUCAGCGAGGAAGGGGAUGCCGCAGCUGCUGCUAUGGCGUCCGUACCAUCCGCAGCGGCAGCCGGGGCGCAGCAGGAGGAGGCGUCAGCAAGGGGCGGUGAGGGCGGGCGAAUCGUGAACCGUUUUCCGUUUAUGAUGCGGACGAGGGAGCAGGUUCGAGCGGCGGCGGCAGCGGCGGCGGCGGAGUUCAUGGCGGCGAGUGCGAGUGGCGGCGCAACGCCCGCAGCGCCCAACCGCUCGGGGCGCGCCUCUGGGUCUAGGGGGGAGCAGCAGCAGCGCAGCGCGGUGAAGGGCGCGUUGGGCGGCGCGCUCCGGCCGGGGGAGAAGAAGCAGUUGCGGAAGGAGAAGAUCAAGGCCAAGCGCUCAGCACGUGAGGCCGCUCGCGGGUUCGACGUGGUGCGGCUGGCAGGUCGUCUGGCGGACUUUGUGGGCGGCGAGGGGGACGUGCUGGCGCUGGAGCCGCUGGGGCCGCUGGGCACCCGGGUGGCGCAAGCGCUGGCGGGGGUGUACGGACUGAGACACUCGGUGCAGGGCAGCGGCAAGAAGCGCUUCCUGCUGCUGCAGCCCACCGACCGCACCCGCGGGCUGGACGACACGACGCAGGCAAAGGUGGACCAAAUCGUGGCGGCGGAGGUGGCCAGGCAGCGGCGGGGCGCGGCGGCGGGCGGAGGCAUCGGGCCGGCGGGCAUGGCGGCGCAGGACGUGACGGCGGCGACGGUGGCGGCGGCGCGACGGGGUGGCCGGAGGGCUGGCGGCGGCGGCGGAGGUGCAGUUGCCGCCACACGCGGCAGUCGGGGCAAGGGCGGCGGAGGUGGUUACAGCCAGCCAGUUGCGUUCGUGCGGAGCGGUGUGCAGCACGACAGGCGCAGCGGCAGCAGCAGCGGCAGCAGCAGUGACAGCGGCGAUGAAGGCAAUGGUGAUGGUGAUGAGGGUGGUGACGAUGACGUCAUGAUGCGGGAGAUAGCGGCGGAUGAGGCGGCGGCGGGGAUGGAGGUUGAGGAGGAGGAGGAGGGGAGCGGGCACGCGGGACUGGGCCUGGGAGCCGCGGACUCGCAGCAGCAGCAGCAGCAGCAGCAGCGGGAGUGGCUGUCGGCGGCCUUUGGGGGCCUGGGCUUCAGGCCCUGCACCGCCGCCGCAGCGGACCUGUCACCCGCCGCCCCCCUCGAGCCACUGCACCACCACCACCACCACCACCACCACCACCAGCCAGAGCCCGCAAUGGAGCACACGGGGGCGGCGGAGGAAGCGCAGGCGGCCGGACCCGCGGCCCUGAGGGCGGCAACGGCAACAACCACUGCAUGCACAACGGAGGCGGUAACGGCGGCGGUAGCGGAGGCGGAGGCGGUAGCGGACCUUCAUGCAGCCGACCCCGCUGCCCAGGCCGCUGCGUCGGAGGGUGGUGGAGGCGGUGAGGGAGCAGCAGCAGCAGCAGCCGGGGUAGAGGGCGGGCCGGUGGUGGUGUCGUCAGGAGGUGUGUCGUACUUUCGGGCGCACUUUUGCCUGGGCCCCGGGUACGAAGCUGAGGAGCCGCAGGUGCAGCGGCAUGAUCCGACCCAUGGGUCAGCAGCGGCGGCGGCUGCAGCAGCAGCGGCGGCAGGUCUUGUGUUUGGGCACACGGGGUUAGGGUUUCUGUCCGCGUCUGGGGGGCACCAGCACAGGCACGGAGGUGUGGGUGCGGGGGCGGGGUGUCGGAGGAGGGGCAUGGGCGCCUUGGGCGGCCAGCAGGAGGAGGAAGAGGAGGCGGGGAAGGGGGAUCCUGGAUCGCAUGCGGUCGUGUUGAGGGAGGAGGAAGAGGCGGUGGAGGAGGAGGAGCAGGAGGCAGAUGGCGGGGGUUGGAUGAAGGACCGCCGCCGGAGAGGGCCCCCCCGCGGUGGGAAGAAGGGCGGCAAGGGGGCUGGCAGGGGGGAGGGUGGCGGGCGGGGCGCCCGGACGCCUGGUGCUGGGGGGUUCCCCGCAGCUGCGGCAGGGGCGGCUGCUGGCGAGCUGGGGAGAACGCUGCAGCAGGUCAAGGCGGCAGGCAAUAGGGCCGCGAAGGAGGCUCGCCGACUAGAGCGUCGACAACAACAACAGCAAACACCCCUCCCACAACCGCAGCACCAGCAUCAACCCGGACAACCCAUUGGGGCACCACUAACGCCUCCAGCGACCACCACUCGGACCACAUACGCCUCCGCAUCAACCACUGCCACCGCGGCAGCAGUCCCGGCAACCGCCCCCGCCAAGCUGAGCUACGAGUACGGCUCCUUCGAGCGGUACGGCAGCGGUAUCGGUUCGCGGUUGAUGGAGCGAAUGGGCUGGUCGCCGGGGGACGGGCUGGGGCGCGCGCGGCAGGGCCGGGCCGAGCCCCUCCGCACCUUCAUUCGACCCAAGAGCCUGGGGCUGGGGGCGGACGGGUAGGGAGGAGGAGGAGCUGCUGGGUUGUGCUGGGUGCCCUGGUCCUGUUGGAUCGCGGCGCUGGCAAGCAGCAUGAUGGUGCGAGCUGGCGGCGGUGUUGCUCGGUGGGGUUGCGAGGGGUGUGGAUUGGGGUGGUAGGCAGCUUUCGAGGUGUAGCUGGCAGGACAGCAGUAGAGUGUGUGUUAAAAUAACUGGCCGCGAAGAGAAACGUACUGUGAUUGCCGAAAGAUGAAGUCUAGAGUGUGUGGUAGGCGGCGGCGUAUGGAAGGCUGAUGGGAAGGCAGUGUUGACGAAUGAUAUGGUGUUUCGCUGGAACCGCGCUGGGGUUAGUCGGCUGGUGGGAGACUUGCUAGCUUUGUACAUGUAAGAGAGCGGUAGACGAGCAGUUGGGUGGAACGAGUGUGUCAUUACGGCGAUGUGUAGCUUAGCUUAGGGUUCUCCUUGCGAGGUGUACAAUAGAGACUGGGGUGGUUCAGUGACACCAGAGGUUCGGUUCGUGGUUGUUGUUGGUUGUUGUGCGGUUGCGGUUGCUUCCUUCAUUGUUUGUACAGCCGGUUAGCCGCAAGAGGCGCUCAUUGGGAGGUAGCCCUAGCAGGAAGGGCGGUGGGUGCAACAACCCAUUGUCUCCCUGGGUCUAACUGUAUAGAAGCUGUAGGGUGACCUGGAGGCAUGCGAUGGUUGGAUGAAGGCAUCCGACACAUGCUGG